AUGGAUAUUUUGAAGGUGCUUUCGCGCGGCACAAAGCGCGUACCCAACAAGCCUUCCAGCACCGUCGAUUCCAAGUCUGCCACCAGACCUACGAACCCGCAACUUUACGGCGGAUUGAAGCGCAAAAGAGAAGAGGAGCAGCCGCGGCUGGACGAAAACAAGACCAGUAAAGGACAGGAAGAUUUCGAUUUCUUUGCACUGCCAAAGCCCGAGAAGCCGACCCACGACACUGCCCGUGAGCAGCCACCGAAGCAAGAAUGCGAAACGCCACUCUUGGAUGAGCAGCAGGUCCGCCAGAUACUGAAGACUCAUCGGUUGAAAUUCACUCUCUUGAGCUCCCACGAUGAAAGGAGAACGAAGGUCAAGAAGUCCAAGAAGAAGGAUACGACCAAGUCGAAAGCGAAAGAUUCCAAGAAGCAACUCUUCCCACAGCCAUUGACAGCCUUCUCCGAGCUACGAACGGCUUACAAUGUAUCGGCUCGAUUGGCGGACAAUAUUGCGAAACAAGGAUACCGGAUACCUACCGAGGUGCAGCUGGGCAGCUUGCCGCUCUUGCUCCACCCGGAAAAGGCCAUUCCGCCGGCUGCCGCAAGUGAGAUGAACAUUGCGACUGAUGAUGGAAUUCAUUUCUUGGGCGUUAGCCCGACGGGCUCUGGCAAAACACUGAACUUCCUCAUACCCACAAUCAACAGCUUGUUACGGCGGCGUGCCGGAGACGCAGACCAGAAGGCGCACGUCUUGGAAUCCAUCAUCAUUGCCCCUACGAGAGAAUUGGUUCACCAAAUCGUCAACGAGGGUCGGAAGCUUACCCAGGGCCUGGGUAUCAGAAUAGUAGGGAUGAAGAAGGGUAUGAAGAUCCCCGCCGAAGGGCAGCCUGUCGACGUGCCAGAUUUCCAAACAGAGUCGGGAAGCGAGUCUGAAGACGACAGCUCCAGUAACGACGAGGAAAAGUCGUGGACAGCUAAAAGAGCGACGACCACGAAGCCUGAUAUACUCGUCGCGACACCGCGGCUCCUGCAGAUGUUCCUGAGAUCUAGAACACUGCCGACUGUUCGGUCGCUGGUGCUGGACGAGGGAGACGUUAUUCUCUCCGACCUGUUCCUCGAUCAAGUAUUGAGUAUAUGGUCCGCCUGCACCCAUCAAUCUUUACGGCUCACGUGUUGGUCAGCCACCAUGGGGUCUCACAUCGAGGAACUGGUACUGAAACAAGUUCAAUCGCGAGAUCCUCCCGGCCAGCCUGUGCCACUGAUUAGACUUGUGGUGGGUCUGAAAGACACCGCGGUCCCACGAAUCAAUCAUAAACUCGUGUACACCGCUACCGAGCAAGGCAAGCUCUUCGCUCUUCGCCAGAUAUUCCACCCCAAGUCGUCAGAUGACUCGAUGCCGCCUAUGCGACUCCCUCUGUUGGUGUUUACGCAAAGCAUAGAACGGGCGACUGCCCUAUACGACGAGCUAAAGUUCGAUGUUCCAGCAGAAGCCGGUGGCUCAACACGGAUUGCCGCGUUACAUUCAUCACUUUCAGAUUCUGCUCGCUCCGGGAUUGUUUCCCGCUUCCGCGCCGGCGAGAUUUGGUUCUUGAUUACGACGGACCUGCUGAUGAGGGGAAUGGAUUUCCGUGGCGUGAACGGAGUCAUCAAUUAUGAUAUCCCAACAUCUGCCGCAGCAUACGUACACCGGGUUGGAAGAACGGGUCGCGCAGGGGAGAGCGGUAAUGCGGUGACUUUCUAUACCCAGGACGAUGUGGUACACUUGAAGACUAUCGCCAACGUCAUUGCCUUGAGCGAGAAACAGGCAGGGAAGGAAGGUGAUGAAGGGGUACCAAAGUGGCUGAUUGAUUCGCUGCCAAAAGUGAGCAAAGAGGAGAAGAAAAACCUCAAAGAGAGGGGUGUCGAGUCACGACGCGGCACCAAAGCCAAGAUCACUUCGCAAAGUGCCUGGGAGAGGCGGAAGGAGAACAACAAGCGAGGCGCCAUUGAGGGCAGCAAGAAACGCAAGAUGCAGGGGACCGCGGACAAUGCCCGAGGAGGCGGAAGGAAUGAAAGCGAGUGGAGUGGCAUCGAUGAUUGA